AUGCCUACCCCUUCUAGGAAUCCGCCUCCCGACCUUCCUCCACGUACACAUAGCUCUUCAUGUCCCGACCCCGAAGAAGCAAUUCGAUCCACAAGCAAUAGUUGGCGACCCGAUCAAGAUGGCCUUGAAAUGAACAUCGAUGGUCAAGAAUUAUCAUCGUCUCCUGAACCCGUAAGCGCACCGCUGCCCACUAGGGCAAUCGAAGACGCCAUUUCUAUCUCGCGAUCGACUACAGAGUCACCCAGGCCAGAUUCGAGGAGCGGUACCGAACCCACUCUACUCAGCUCUGACCGCUCCGACUCCCCAUCCCAAUCCACCAUCACUUCCACUACACAUAAACCCGCCGACGCAGAUGACGAUGCGUUGGUUAGGAGCGACGCAGAAGAAGUGUCGAGACGAGCGCGAACCGGUGUGGCUUAUGACGUUGUAUCUUCCAUAGGCGCAGAUAACGAGAAGGAAGACAAUACAAUGCCAGGAACAGUACGUGAGGACGCCUUUGAGGCGCCCUUGAUGGGAUGGGAUUCAUCCAACAUCAGAAUAAUACCAACUUCGCCAUCAUCCUUUUUACGCCCCGGUAGUAGAUUCCACGGCACGCAACAGUCGGAACGACAGGUGUACGACGUGCAGGUGGAAAUCAAAUAUGUCGAUCUGCGAGAAUCGUUCCUCUGUGGAUUUCUGAAGAUACAAGGCUUGACGGAAGACAACCCGACCUUGACAACAUAUUUCGAGGGCGAAUUAAUUGGUAGCAAGUACGGCUUCAUCACGAAGCACGCGGGCUGGGGCGCGACGGAAAAGAUUGAUUUGAGUCACUGGAGCAAAUUUUCGGCGUUCCGACAAUACUCUAAGCAGGUUCGAAAAGGGCCCGUUAAUAUCCCAAAUCUAACUCAACGUGAGAAUGUGUUUAUGCGAUGGAAAGAACACUUCCUCGUUCCGGAUCAUCGUGUCCGUACAAUCAACGGUGCUAGCUUCGAGGGAUUCUAUUACAUCUGCUUUAAUCAGAAAGAAGGCAGUGUUAGCGGAAUAUAUUUCCACUCCAAGAGUGAAAAAUUCCAGCAAUUGGAACUCAAACAUGUGGAAGAUCGUGGCUGUUUCGGCGCUGUGGAAUUCCGAUAA